AUAGAGGUUUUCCGGCGUCGUGUUAUUCCAAAAUUUAUCAUGAGAAUCAAAUGCUAGACCGCGAGGCAAGGCAAAUACCCCUAUUUUUUCUUCCUCGUGAAGUUUAGCUUCUUUCCUUCACUCCCUUCCUAAAAGACCCAAAACCUUUCGCUACAAGAAGCCAGCCCAAGAAGCUCAGACAUCCAUUUUUCAUACAUGGCUGCAAUGAUGGUGGGAGGCUCAAUUCUAGGGGCUUUCCUCCAAGUUCUGUUCGACAGGAUAGCUUCGCGAGAGGUUCUUGAUUUCUUCAGGGGUCAAAAGCUCACUGUUGGGUUGCUUCAGAAGCUCAACACGAUGCUUAUAUAUGUCAGUGGAGUGCUGGAUGAUGCAGAGGAGAAGCAGAUUACAAAACCCUCCGUGAAGCUGUGGCUGGACGAGCUUAAAGAUGCAGUUUAUGUUGCUGAUGAUUUGUUGGACGAGGUCGCUUAUGAAUCUCUGAGGUCGGAGCUAGAGUCGCAUCAUUCUUCAAUUAGUGUACAUCAGGUGAGGAAUUUGUUCUUCUCUCGUAAUCCUUUCAAGAUAGAAUUAGAAGCUCAGCUGAGGGAGAUUCUUGAGCGGCUCGAGUAUUUGCUGAAUCAAAGGGAUGGUCUUGGUUUGAGAGAAGGUGGCUUUGUUCGUGAAAACCCAUCAUCUAGUAAAUUGCCCAGUACUUCUCUUGUAGAUGAAUUUGGUGGUGUCUAUGGCAGGGAUGCCGAUCGAGAGGCUAUAAUGGAAUUGUUUUUGGAGAAUGGCAAUGGCGUUGGGGUGAUACCCAUCGUGGGUAUGGGUGGUGUUGGAAAAACAACCCUUGCUCAACUUGUGUAUAACGAUAGGAGAGUAGAGGAUUGCUUUAAUGUGAAAGCAUGGGUUUGUGUUUCACAAGAACCCUCCAUCUCUAAGAUAACGAAGGAUAUCCUUGAGGAGGUUACGGGUGGAACUUUUGAUGGUAAUUUCAAUCAGCUUCAAUUGGAGCUGAAGGGGAGAUUAAAGGGGAAGAAGUUUUUAAUUGUUCUGGAUGAUGUUUGGAAUGAUAAAUACGCAGAUUGGGAUGUCUUGAGACGACCUUUGAUGACUGGGGUGCCAGGAAGUGUGGUCUUGGUCACAACACGCAAUGAAAGUGUAGCGUCGAUCAUGCAGACUGUUCCUAUAUAUAAUUUAAAGGGGUUGAGUUGUGAUGAUUCCUGGUUCUUGUUUGUCAGACAUGCUUCUCGUGGUGGGAGUGCCACGUUGCAUCCGAACUUGGAGCCUGUUGGUAAAGAGAUAGUGGGGAAGUGUAGAGGGCUCCCUUUGGCUGCAAAGACACUUGGUGGUCUCAUGCGCUCAAAGAAGGAUGCUGUCGACUGGGAGAGGAUAUGUAAGAGCAACUUGUGGGAUCUGUCUAAUGAUGAAAUUCUCCCAGCACUAUAUUUGAGUUACCAUUACCUGCCAUCACAUUUGAAAAGAUGUUUUGCUUACUGUGCCAUAUUUCCAAAGGAUUAUGAUUUUGAAAAGGAUGAGCUGGUGUAUUUGUGGAUGGCUGAGGGCUUUAUAGAGCAGCAGUCGAGAGGAAAUAAGCUGAUGGAAGAGUUGGGUGAUGAGUACUUUAAUGAUCUUGUGUCAAGGUCAUUUUUCCAACGGUCAAGCGUGGAUCCAACUGGUUAUGUGAUGCAUGACCUUAUCAAUGACUUGGCUAAAUACGUGUCCAGUGAAUUUUGCUUUAGAUUAGACUGUGAUGAUUCAUGCAAGAUCAAUGGAAGAAUUCGCCAUUUGUCAUAUGCAAUAACAGAAUGCAAUCUUGCUCAGAAGCUUGAAAGUAUCCAUGAGGCAGGUUUUCUGCGGACUUUCUGGCUCUUCGAUUGGUCAUCAUACUUUGUCACUGAUGCUACCUUCAACUUGUUGCGCACACGUAAGCGACUGCGGGUUUUGUCUCUUUCCCACCUUCGCACUCUAACUGAGUUACCUGAUUCAAUCGGCCACUUGAAGCAUUUAAGAUAUCUUAAUCUAUCAGCCACCGCGAUUCAAUAUUUACCCGCAACACUUUGUGGCGUUUACAAUAUGCAGACAUUGAUCUUGCACCAGUGCAGAGAGCUUGUUCAGCUGCCAAACAACUUAGGAAGGUUAAUCAAUUUGCGUCAUCUUGAUGUCAGAGAAACCAAUUUGCAGGUGAUGCCAUUGCAGAUGGAUAAACUGACAAAGCUGCAUGUAUUGACAGAUUUCAUUAUAGGAAGAGGAAACGGAUCUUGCAUUAAAAUGCUCGGUGGGCUUCAGCAUCUUGGUGGUCAACUUAAUGUUUGGAAACUUCAACAUGUGAUGGAAGCACAAGAUGCUUUGGAAGCCAAUUUGAAGGUUAAGAAGUACCUAAAACAGCUGAACUUCAUGUGGGAUGGAGACACUCAUGAUUCAGUGCAUGAAAGGACUGUACUCGAGCAAUUACAGCCCCAUACAAAUAUCCAGUCACUAUCAAUUGUAGGCUACAGGGGCACAAGGUUUCCCGAUUGGGUUGGCAGUUCUGCUUUCUCAAAUAUAGUGGCACUGAAACUCAGUGGAGGCCAGCACUGCAACACCCUUCCUCCCUUGGGGCAAUUAGUUUCUCUUAGCGACCUCUCAAUCGCAGCAUACGUCAGCGUUGAGACUAUUGGUUAUGAGUUCUACGGGAGUUGCACAUCCAAAUGGAAGCCAUUUGGGUCCCUCAAAAGCUUGAGAUUUGAAAGCAUGUUGUCAUGGUGUGAGUGGAUUCCAUUUGACGGAGAAGCUUUCCCGGUUCUUGAAAAGCUCUACUUCAGACAUUGCCCCAAUCUGAAGAAAGCCCUGCCUAGUCACCUUCCUUCUUUAGCACUGCUUGAGGUAGAAGGAUGUCAGCAGCUUGGAGUAUCAUUGCCAAGAGCUCCAAACAUCUGUAAGAUUAAGUUCAAGGAUGACACUCGCGAUGUUCAGCUUGUGAAAUUGCCUUCGGAGCGGCACACUUUAAUGAUUGACAGAUUCAAUUCAGUUGAUACCCUACUAGAGGCAAUGGAACAGAUGGGAGGGUUCUCUUCUACGAUGGAAAGAAUCGAAAUAAGAAACUGCAGUUCGCUAAGGAGCUUCCCCUUGGAGUUGUUUCCCGGCCUAAAGGCACUAAUACUCACUAGAUGUCUAAACCUUGAAACUCUUUCAGCAUCUGAGGUGACUGGUAGCAAUUUCCCUCGUCUGACUUGCUUGGAAAUUAGGGAAUGCCCGAAGUUGUUUUCUUCACUCCAAGAAACAAUGCCUGCACCAAAUUUGACUAGGCUUCUGUUAAUGGGCUGCUUGGGCGUGGAAUCUUUCCCAGGGAAGAGGUUGCUGCCCUCCACUCUUACCAUUCUUAAGAUCUGGGAUUUUCCAAACCUGACAUCACUAGAUUGGGAAGGGCUUCAAAACCUUCACUCUCUCAGAGAAUUGCAGAUAUGUAACUGCCCUAAUCUCAAAUGCUUGCCAGAAGAAGGGCUUCCGUUAAAUCUUUCUCACCUGAACGUUUCUUGGUGUCCUUUGUUGGAGCAUAGAUGUCGACCGGAUGAUGGAGAAGAUUGGCCCAAGAUUGCUUACAUCCCUGAACUAGAGAUCAAUUUCCAGAAGAUCACUACUUUGGAGCCAAGUGCCUAGAACAGCUUUUCCUUCCAUUUCUUUUGGCCAACACCCAAUAUUGAGAUAAACUGCAUCUCAUUCAAGAGAGCUGUCGAAACGGAAAGUAGAUUUGGAGUCCCCUUUGAGGUUAGGCAUUCUGUACACAGAUUGGCCGACAAAGGUGACUUAGGUUGGCAUAUCUUCCCUUUUCCUUCUCUUUCGAUGUAGUUUGCCUUGUUUUGGAUCAUUAGACGAAAGAAUCAGUAGCAGGGCAAUAGUACUACAGUUCUGAUCGAUGAAUAUGGCAGCAGGGUUUUGGUUUAAGUGAUUUGUGGAGAGGAUGCAUCCUUUGUAGACACUAAAGUGCACUGUAAAGACUAGCUGUUGCAGAAGUCAGAAUGGUUUCUGGUUUCCCAUUUCUUCCAUGUUGACUAGUGGUUAGAUUUCUGUGUCUCAGAAACUUUGGAUUUCAGUCUAUGGGAGAGGUGAUUAUGCAAUAAGCGGCAGAAAUUUCAUGGUUCUUGCAGGUGGGAUUGGACUAGUUGGUUACCAUUUCACAGUUUUUGAUGGCGUUGGUGACCCUGAAGUAAACAAUUUACAGAUCUGGUAUGAAGAAAAGCAGUGAGAUUGUCCCCCAACUUCAUGCAGUUGAUUGAAUUCAACGCUCAUAUUGUAUUCAGCUAAUGGUAGUCCUUCUCAAUGAAACGUGGCAAAUUUUUCCGAUCGGCGAGGCUUAUUGUGAUAUUCAAAUUUACAGAUUAAAUCCCCAGCUUUAUCUUUUUUUCUUUUGGAAAUGUAGCACAGAAAUCUGAAACGUUCAUGUUGUCAAUAGGGUUGAAACUUGAAAGCCUUGCUGCUACUCCAGUUUACAUCCUUGUUUUUCAUUUCGAUCAUUUUCAUGGGAUUGUUUUCUGCAUGCGGCUCUUGGUUUACAAAACCUACGUGUAGCAUUCCUUGGCUAAUUCUAAUAACGUCUUAUCAUGCGA